UCACGCUCUACCGCUUGUCCUCACCUGCAAAUCCAACAGGAAGAGACGGUGGGCCUGGUAGGUGAAUACCGCUUUAUUACCAGACCUGGUAGGUGGAUAGGGCCUUAUUACCCCAGCGGGGGGAAGAAGGGCUUUCCUCCUCCCCCGCCCCCCGCAACAGCCCAGCCAAUGAGAAGCCACCCUAUUUCUAAUCCCCAGUUUACUCCAAUGGGCUUUUAUGACAGCCUCCCCCAGCUUCCCGGCUCCUCGAUAAAAGAGAAUCCGCUCCUUAGUUUGGGGGACUUGCCGAUGGUUUUGCCAACAGCUUGCUUACCCGGCAACUCUGCGAUUCCUGAGUAAACCCGUUUUUUUGCUGGUAAAAUAACUGGCAGUUUUAUUUUUUAAGGUUAACUGGACCAAGUGGGUCGCGGUGCUAGGUAGGGCCACCGGGGCUUGUGGUCCCAGGUUUCUGGGCCCCUGGACGGCACAGCCCGUGACAGCGGGACUGGAAGGGGGGGGGCCCAGGCAACCCUGCUGUCAGCUUCCCAGCGGAGGAGCUCUUACGAGGCUCUCCCCUCCUAGAAGCAAGCCCCAUCCCGAUCUGCUCUCACUGCGGGAGCUCCGGCCGCUUAUUCGGGACGGGGAGAAGUGCACGUGGCGUCCCAGGCGGGGAAACCUCCCACAGGGGAAAAGGAAGCACCCGCCAUCCCGCCCCAGCGCUCGGCUCCCCUUAGGCCACGCCCUCCCCCGCUCUGCGCAUGCGCCUCCGCCGUCUCCGCAUCUGCACCUGCAGGGGGCGACGCAAGUGGCGUCGCUUGCUCUCCACGUCACGCUGCGCUUGCGCGUUGUUUCGGGGUCAGAGGCCAGACGGUCGGGCGCCGCGCGGGUCAUGGUGCAGCUUCGGCCGCGCGCGUCCCGCAUCCCGGAGUCGGCGAUGGUGGACGAGGGCCAGCCCGCCUCCGAGGAGGAGGAGGAGGCGGCGGAGCACAGCCUGUUGCUCGGGCAGCCCAGCAGCGGCGCGGCCGCGGAGCCGCUGGAGGAAGAAGACGGGGAAGGGGACGACGAGUUGGACGACGAGGCCCCGGAGGAGCUGACUUUCGCCAGCGCGCAGGCGGAGGCACGAGAAGAGGAGCGGCGGGUUCGGGAGUCGGUGCGCAGGGACAAAACGCUCCUGAAGGAGAAGAGGAAGCGACGGGAGGAGCUGUUCAUCGAACAAAAGAAAAGAAAACUCCUUCCAGAUAACAUUCUAGAGAAGUUAACUACAGCUGGACAGACUAACAUAAAGAAAUCAUCAGGAAAGCUGAAAGAAGCUACUUUGCAGAAGAAAAAGGAAGAAUAUGAAAAAGGAAGUGUUUCUAAGAAUGUUAAAGAAAAGGUACAAAAAGUACAGUCUGUCGGCCAGAAUAAAAGCUACUUGGCGCUAAGGCUAAAAGAUCAAGAUCUGAGAGAUGCAAGGCAGGAAGCCGCGAAGGCUUUUAUACAGAAUUCUUUGUAUGGUCCAGGAACCAACAGAACUACUGUAAAUAAGUUCCUGUCUCUUGAAAAUAAGAGAUUACCAGUGAAAAAGGCUGCAGCUCAGUUUCUGAAUAAUGCUUGGGGAACCCAGAAAAAACAAAAUGCAAAGAGGUUUAAAAGACGGUGGAUGGUCAGAAAGAUGAAAACUUCUAAGAAGUAAAGCUAAAUGAAGAAUGAGAACUUGUAUGUACUUGUAUGUAUAGUACUUAUGUGGUUUACAGGGUUAGUUUUUCUGAAAAUCUAAUAAAUCAUUUAUAAAUGG